GGGUAAUCGUAAAUCGGCUAUUAUAUGCAAUGAUUGAAUAUAGACCGCCAGACUCGCCAGUUGACAAUUACUGACUACACAAGAUAACUUUGAGCACAACGCGUGACUAUGCGACGACUUAGGGGAAACGAUUUGAAAUCCAUACAGCUUGCUAAGAACAAGGAGCUGUUACAAAAAUAUGGUCGAGACGAUGCAUGGUUCGAGUCUGUUAACGAGUGUGAUAUUCGUCCUGCGCUGAUCAUUGGGGAUUCAGAAGUGAGAGGGGAGGUUCUCAGAAUUAUAACCGAGUACUUGAGGGCAAAAUUCAUCAGAGCUGCAAAUCCUGACUCUGACGAUGAAGCUACAGAUAAUAAGAAGAAGAAGAAGCCUGCGAAACCCGUACCGCACCCUCAAUCAGCCGUGGGGAUGAAGGUAGUGGGCAGGGCAUAUCAUUCGCUGGUGACCCUUGGCUUCGAGGCCUUUCAGAUGGAGCUGGGUGAGAUUGACGAGGACGACACAACAGAAUAUGAUGUUCUUUACGAUGGGGCUAUGCUGUCUGACACCUGUGUUGACGCGGUGGAUAGGGCUGUGCUGGAUGUGCCAAGCGAGAAUGUGAAACCAGUGUCGUCUGCGUUUGGAGAUAUUUUGGUGUAUUCGGAUCAGGGCAAGAGGCAAACUAUGGAGGACAAGCAUGUUUGCAUAUCAGAUCUAAAUUCAAUGUUCUCGCUAAAGAAAGAGCAACCGUCACAAGCGUUCUUCGCCAUAUACGACGGGCAUGGUGGAACUGAGGCGGCGGACUACGCGAGGAAUCAUUUACACGUGAAUCUGGUCAACCACCCAGACUUCGAGUCAGAUAUCAUCAAGGCUCUCGAGGAGUCAUUCAAAAAGACAGACGAGAACUUCCUGAAAGUAGCGGAGAAAGAGAACAACCUCAGUGGCUGCACGUGCAUCGUGACCUUUGUGCGAGGUGAAUAUAUGUAUACCGCGUGGCUGGGAGACUCCCAGGCAAUGCUCUGUAGGAAUGGCAGUGAAGUUCAAAACAUAUGCUCGCCACAUAAACCCGACCGCGAAGAUGAGAAGAAGAGGAUUGAGGAUGCUGGCGGGGUCGUAGUAUGGUACGGCGCUUGGCGAGUCAACGGUGUUCUAUCGGUGGCGCGUGCGAUCGGUGAUCGGCAACUGAAGAAAUACGUUAUAUCCGAGUGUGACACCACCACUACCCAAAUUCAAGGGAGCGAGAAUUUCCUGUGUCUCGCCUGUGAUGGUCUAUGGGAUGUAAUGGACGGGAAGAGUGUAAUACAAUUUGUGAAGGAGCACAUGAAGCAGGGUAAAUCUAGUAACGAUGUUGCCAAAGCUUUGGUGAAGCACGCGUUACACCUGGGGUCGGGGGACAAUAUCUCCACAAUUAUAGUAUACUUUGACGGAAUUCAUAAGCUGACCGAGUCUGGCUCAGAAGACGAGGCGGCGGGUGGUGACAAUACAUCGACGCAGGAGCCAGUGCAACAAUAGCAAAUAUAUAAGAGUUGUGGAGUGUUUACCACAUACUGCACAAACUGGGCGGGGGGAAGAUCGAUACUUACGCCAGCGACAGCAGUAAUCAUCCAAGCUUUCAGGUAAAUUAAAGAAAGCUAGUCAUAUCCUGCUGAGAUUUUAUGUGAAUUAGUACAACCGGUGAGAAAUAUUUAUGGAAUAAACAUCUUCAGGUAAGCAGA